ACGCGCUGCGCCCCCUUUUUCUUUUUCUCCGGUCGCGCCGCGCUCUUUGGUCCGCGGUGCCGGCGGAGUGACGGCGACUCCGGAUGUUUGGCGUCAUCUGAAGAAUAAUGGCCGCGGUGUUUACGUGUUGUCUGGGCUGCUGCGGAGAUGGAGGGUCAGGACAUAUUCCCCUGAAAGAAAUGCCCACCGUCCAGCUGGACACGCACCACAUGGGCACAGAUGUUGUUAUUGUCAAGAGUGGGCGGAGGAUAUGUGGCACCGGAGGCUGUCUCGCCAAUGCUCCGCUGCAUCAGAACAAAAGUUAUUUUGAGUUCAAGAUCCAGUCCACCGGUGUAUGGGGAAUAGGUGUGGCAACUCAGAAAGCCAAUCUCAACCAAGUACCUUUGGGCAGAGAUACAAACAGUCUAGUCCUGAGGCACGAUGGGUCCGUCUACCACAACAACGAGGAGAAAAACCGUCUACCUGCAAACAGCCUUCCUCAGGAAGGUGAUGUUGUGGGCAUCACGUAUGACCAUGUCGAACUGAAUUUGUAUCUGAAUGGGAAGAACAUGCACUGUCCUGCUUCAGGGAUUCGAGGCACUGUGUACCCUGUGGUCUACGUGGAUGACAGUGCCAUCUUAGACUGCCAGUUCAGUGACUUCUACCACACAGCUCCGCAAGGCUUUGAGAAGAUCCUGUUCGAACAACAAAUCUUCUAAAACGGCGCCUCUGUUUCCAUCCCUCCUAAUGGUCCUAUGCUGAUACCCCCCCCCUAUACAUGUAUACAUGCAACCUCCAUCUCCUGGCACCCUCUGUGACUCUACAGUGUGACAGUGAUUGCAACAUUUCAUUAUAUCUGGAUUGAAUGCCUCUCUUUUGUUAUCUUUUGUUACUCUGUCUUCUUUACUGCUGCUCUGGAUUCAAGCUAGAAGGUAAUCCUUGAUUCAGUUGGAACUCCUGGUCAGCUGAUGAGACAGUCAAGUCAUUGGCUUAUUACUGUCCCAGCAGCCAUCAUCCCGCAUAGCUGACACACUUUCAUUCUAUCAGGUGGUUUGAUGCAAUGGUAAAAUGAACCUAUUCAACUGGACCAGAAGCCAUGUUUUAUGGACAUGUUUUUGAGUUAUGUGCUCACUUGAAGAAAGGUGGUCUCUGAGGUUAAAUUCCAUACUGACAUUUUGAGCAUAGGUCCCUAACCAACACAUAUUUAUUUGUAGAUCAAAAGCACUACUUCAUUUUGGUAUUAUAUUUGUCCAUAUGUGUAAGCAUAUCACUUAGUGGAUUCAUUAAGGCUCUGGUACUGACUAUGCCUGCUACCCACAGUGACAAAACUCAUUUGUUUUGGCUGCAUUUAACAGAAAAUCAUAUUUCUAAUAUAAUUUCAGAUUAUUUUUCCAGUCUUAAAAAAGUCAACGCUUUUGGUGAAUGCACAUUCCAGGGACAGCUAAUAUCCAAAGGUGGUAUUUCAUGGAAUUAUAUUGAGGUGAGGGUGUGCUGGGAAAUGUCUUACCAAAGUGAAAUAUUGCUUUAGUAGCUGACAUUCAUGCAAACGGUUUUGUUAAUCAUCAUGAACAUUUUUUUUCCUGCAAAACCUUUUUUUUUUGGGUCAUAUAUCUGUAUGGCCUAUUUAUUUAAAAUAUCAGAAAUCUGGCACAGCCAGUUUGUCUCUGAUUUAAGAUGUAAUAUGGUUCUAUGAUGUCACUUUGUUGUAUUAUAUUGACAUUGUACAUCCACUACUGAAGUUUGAAAAUUACCUUUUUAGUUUUUCAAAUGGCUGUCUAUGUUUGCACUAAUGAUGUGAUUGUACAAGCAAAUCCAAAUAAUAUUGUUGAUUCAUUAAUAAACUUUUGUGUCUG